AUGACAAUGAACAUAAAUUUGUUAGUUCUAACAACAUCGUUGUUAUUGUUGGGUGUGAAUGCAUUUGAUUCACCAUUCCACCCAUCAACUCAACGUGUAAUAGACACAUUGUUUGAUUCCAUCCAACAAUCACAAUUCCAAUCGGACCAGUCAUUUGAUUUCUUCAAGUCCUGGCAUCAACAAAAAGGACUGUUUCCAACUGCUGUUCAUAUUAACUUUUGUGGUGAUGAAUUAAAGACAGAGGCAAGGAGACAGUUGGCCAUACCAGACAGUAAUAUGUUUGUUACAACAUUUAUGUUAUACACUCUGUUGGAAUCACAGAGAAUGGGCACAAUAUCAGGUGACGCACAUAUGAUAGACUUGGCUGUGGAAGCCUUGAUAUCAUAUUCAGAUGGCAACUCACCUCAAGGUAGUGGAAUCUACACAUUCUGGCCACAGGUCUAUAACUCUAGUGCUGGUAUCUUCUACCAGAGCCCCUACAACUUGGUCAGUUUGAUGAACGAGUUUGACACAUAUGAGGAUGCUGCUAUCUUUGUCGCAGAACUACUGAAAGAGUAUGGAAUCGUCACUGAUCUCAAGUCAAUGGGACAGUUCAUCAAGACAAUGCAGGUCGUCUUCCAUAUACCCCCAGACACGGACGACACUGGCUGCAACCUAGCAUUGGGUGGUGUUCUAUACGAGUUGCAGGACGACCUGCCAAACUCAUGGCGCAUGUGGUCAGGAAACAAUACCAACGUCACCUACACUCUGGAGCAAUAUAGUCGCUAUGCCUAUCGACCAUAUUCAAACCAAGUCGAUCAGAACUCUAUCGAUCCACGUACAUAUUAUAUAAUCAGAGGAUUCUUACAUCAAUGGAUUGCCGAUGGAAAUGCACCGGAGGAUCUAGUACUUCCUGGCACUUGGGUGGAUGCAAUCUCACAACAAUCAAGAUAUUUCCCAUACCUUCAGAUGCCAUUCAAUGAGAACAAUAUCGAUCUGUCAGUGGCAUGUAAUUCAUUGUUUGGCAUUGCCACGGUGAUCAAGCUGCAUGGUAUUGGUAUCAUAACACCAGACAUUGAACGUAUGGUAACAUCGAUAUAUAAGCUAUUGGCCUAUGGUAUCAAUAGUGAGAUAGUAUACUCAAGGCCAGACCUUGCCCUACUCUACUAUCCAUCCAUCUAUGAUUAUAGUUGGUUCGUGAGUAGGGUAGUCUUCUUCCUUGAGGAGUACAAUCAGACAUCUCCAGAUACAUUCCCUCAACUUUUGACCAACACAUUGGAAACACUUCGAUCAGUUAUGAUGAAUAAUGGAACCAAUCAGAUAGUAUCAAGAGCUCUGGAAGACCAACAAGGUGGAUUCUAUUGGCAAGAUUUCUUGGGCAAUGAUGACACUCUAUUUGGAAAGAAGAAAGAGUAUGGUGAGGACAGAUUCGCCAGCAGCGCACUGGCAUUGAAUGCACUGUACGACACUUGGACAUUUCCUAUUCCAGGUGGACCCAAGCGUGUGUGGCGACAGGAAACUCCGCCCACCUUGAAGGCCAUCAUCGAGGGUGGUGUAUCAUACCUAAAGGAUAACGUAAUGUUUGAUUCCUCCAAGACAUACAAUGCUUUCUUUAGUGGAUCUAUGAAGAGUAUGAGCUCAUUCCCUUUAUUCUUCCCAAGUAAUCUUUGUCAGUACUUCAAUGGCACGACAUGCAAUCCAAAUGCUCAGCCAGGAGGCGACACGAUGGAGAUCAUCGGUGCAGUGUCUGGCGUGAUCAACGAGACCGAGUAUCAACAAAUGUUAACCGAGACAUGGUUUGGCAGUGCAGUACCCAUCAGCUGGACCAGUUAUAAUCCAUCGGCAUUCCCAUACUGGUCAUCAACACCGCUCACCUAUGGACUGACCAUCCUGGCACUUUCAAAGUCGACGGUCACAGUU